AUGGGGGUCCUUCAGCGUGACCUUUUGCGGUUGUUCUGCCGGCCCAACAGCACCCUGAGAAGGGCCGAAGGGGGAGCGAAAUCCUGUUGUAAUAUCAGAAAAUAUUCACUCAAGACUGGUUCGACAAGAAACUAUCGGAUACCGCUCUCUCGCUGGAACGUCCUAUCCAGUUCGAUAUCGCACAGAGGCGCCGCGUCCAACCGCUCUCAGAGCACGCUCAAUGUCCCGGGUUCGGAAGCAUUCCAGUUCAAUGCGCCCUCCAGCCGACCUCUAUCGGACAUAACGAUCGUUGCCCUCGAGCAGGUCAUCUCCAUGCCUCUCGCAACCCGCCACCUUGCCGACCUCGGCGCCCGAGUGAUAAAAAUCGAGCGUCCCGGGACCGGAGACUUUGUGCGGCACCACGACAAGCGCGUCCGGGGGAAACUCUGUAGCCACUUUGUGUGGACGAACCGCAACAAGGAGUCUCUCGCGUUGGAUAUCAAGGAGCCGCGGGACAUGGAGGUGCUCCGUAAAUUGGUGUGUGAGAAGGCCGACGUCUUUGUUCAAAAUCUGAGGCCCGGCGACGCCGAAAAGAUGGGCCUCGGCUACGAGGAUAUGAAGGCCAUGAUGAACGCCGCGUAUCCCGGAGAAAGCAGAGGCGAUAAACUGAUAUACGCAUCCAUCAGUGGCUACGGAGCCAACGGCCCGUACGCGCACAAGAAGGCGUAUGAUCUACUCGUCCAGGCGGAGGCAGGUUUAUUGAGCAUCACUGGCACCAGGGAUGAGAUGGCCAAGGUAGGAUGCUCGAUAGCGGAUAUUGCGGCCGGCAUAUAUGCAUACAGCAGCAUUCUGGGGGCGAUCAUUCAAAGACAGAAGACUGGGAGAGGAUGUGUGAUCGACGUCUCCAUGCUCGAGUCGCUGGUCGAGUGGAUGGGGUUUCCCCUGUACUACGCCUUUGAAGGCCAAACGGCGCCGAAACGGGCCGGAGCCUCUCACGCGAGCAUCUAUCCUUACGGCCCCUUUUCAACUGGCGUUGCGCCCGAUGGCAGCCUGGGCGCACAGGUCAUGCUCGGCGUGCAGAACGAGCGGGAGUGGAAGAUCCUGGCCACCGACGUCCUCGAACGCGAGGAUCUGACCACAGAUCCCAAGUUCAAGGACACGGCGUCGCGCAGCGACAACCGCGCCGAACUCGAGGCAAUCAUCAGUGGCAUCUUCGCUUCCUGGGGUGGUGGGGCCGACGAGGUUGUGAGGCGGCUCGAGCAGGCCGGCAUCGCCAACGCAAAAGUCAACGACAUGCAAGGUGUGUGGGAGCACGAGCAGCUCGCGGCGCGGAGACGGUUCAGGGAGGUUGACACGGAAGUUGGGCCAAUCCAGGCGUUCCUGCCGCCUGGGAUGAGCUCAGAUCUGGACGCGAGGAUGGACAAGAUCCCCGCGGUGGGAGAGCACAAUGACCAGAUAUUAAAGGAGCUGAGCGCUUCAAAGGCAAAGAUAUAG